AUGUUUUCCACUGUCACCCACACGACCACUCCUGACUGCGAGCCCUCACAAUUCAUUUUACCUGACCUCAUCAAUGAUUGCCACUAUCCCUUCCGACAGAACCCUUACCGUGAUGCAGCGUGCCGCGCAUCUGUUCGAUGGCUUAUGUACGUGGCGCAAAUUGCAGAGCCCGAGAUCAGAGGGUAUAUUGAUGCGGAUGUAAAUGGACUUGCUGUUGCUUGCUAUCCUGAUGCAGAUGCUUUCCAUCUCCAAGUCUGCUCUGACUUCUUGAACUGCUUGUUCAUGACAGACGACUUGAUGGAGUCUGGCGUUGUCGAUGUACGGGAAGUGCAUGAAUCCUGUAUUUCUGCAUUCCGCGAUCCCAUCAAUUUUGACACGGAUCGGCUUGAUGCAAAGAUGUGCAAAUCGUUUUUCAGUCGCUUUAAGGAGACUGCAGGUCCCGGCUGCACAGAGCGGUUUAUCUACACAAGCGGAUUGUACUUCACUGCUGUGGCUAAGCAGGUGGAUGACCAUGCCAAAGGGCAUGUAUAUGAUCUAGAAUCUUACAUUGCCUUGAGGCGAGAUACAGGCGGAGUGAAGCCCUGCUUUAGCCUCAUCGAAUUCGUAGCUCGAAUUGAUCUUCCCGACGAAGUUGUGUCGCAUCCAGUUGUGAAGGCCUUGGAGGAAGCGACCAACGAUCAUGUUUGUUGGCACAACGAUAUUUUGUCAUACAACAAGGAGCAAUCUUGCGGUCACGCACCCUGGGAAAACAUAGUUCCCGCGAUCAUGCACGAACAAGGACUAGACCUGCAAGGCGCCAUGGACUACGCUGGUAAAAUGUGCAAAGAUGCCAUCCAGCGCUUCGACUCCAACUGUGCUAUCCUCCCCUCGUGGGGCGAAGAGGUUGACAGGCAGGUGGCUAUCUAUAUCAAAGGGUUGCAGCACUGGAUGAUCGGCUCACUUCGCUGGCAUUUUGAUUGCCCCCGCUAUGCUGUCCCACCGGACCGAAUCAUCAAGCUCCUUCCCAAAAGGCCUUACAAGUGUGGAGCCUAA